UUGAUACUACUGGAAUGAUUGAAAAAGUUCGAGCUACAAUUUAUCUUUCAUUAGAUGAAUUAUGGUCUGUUCCAACCGAUAAUGCCUUAAUUGCCACAUUUCUUGAUCCACGGUUUAAACAUUUUAAUUGGACAACUAAUGGUGAACGUGAUAAGACACAACAAUUGGUAAAAGCUUUAUACGAUACAUUGAAAGAAAAGCUUCGUGAUUGUAUGCAAAUAAAUAUAGAAGAUAAUGAUGAAAUAUUAUAUUAUAUAAAACUAAGUAAUAUCAGAGUUAAAGAUGAUCCUCUAAUUUGGUGG